CCCGCCCCCCGAAGGUAGCAGCUUGCCCUCGUUUCCUCCGAAGCGCUGGGGGAAGUAUGAAUUAUCACCAGCUCACUUACAAGUCCCAGCUUCUGCUAUUUUUAAUUUCUCCAGUUUUGUCUAAACCGUUAAGCCGGGUUUGAUAGCACUAUCGCUCUAAUUUUUUUUUUUUAAUAUAUUUUUUUUAAAGCUCAACUUGGCUGAACUGAAGCAGAGACUCCCAAGAGCCAGGGCCACGGAGGGGGUGCGUGUAUAUGUGUGUGCCUGUGCGUGUGGGAGGGAGAGAGCGAGGGAGGGAGCGACAAAAACUCCAUCAGCCCGGACAAUGCCACCUCUUGUUUAAAGCCUCCAAACUGUUAUUCUUUCCCCCCAUUAUCACGGUACCAAGUAAUCUGUCUUUCCCCCACCCCAACCCCCCCUCCUCCCUCCCUCCUCUUGGAAGAUAUGGAAGAGAAAGAUAAAGCGGCUGCCUCUGGGCUCUGACUGCGCGCAGCCCGCAUGCCUCUGCCGCCAGAGCCGGGGCCGCUCCGCAGCCGCCGCUCGCAAGGAGCCGCUUGCAAGCGGGAUGGGAUGCAACUUCUGGUAAUUGGAUCACAGGCUUAAGUGAUAACUGGGUAUCUUUUUAGGAGAACAGAAAUGAAUAACUCAACAUACAUAAACUCCUCCACUGAAAAUGUGAUGGCUUUGGAGAGCCCCUAUAAAACUGUUGAGGUGGUCUUCAUUGUCCUGGUAGCAGGGUCUCUCAGCCUAGUCACCAUAAUUGGGAACAUCCUGGUCAUGGUGUCAAUCAAAGUCAACAGGCACCUACAGACUGUCAACAACUAUUUCCUGUUCAGCUUGGCCUGCGCUGACUUGAUCAUCGGCAUCUUUUCAAUGAACCUAUACACCCUCUACACUGUGAUAGGCUACUGGCCCUUAGGGCCUGUGGUGUGCGACCUCUGGCUGGCUCUAGACUAUGUGGUCAGCAACGCCUCUGUAAUGAACCUCCUCAUUAUCAGCUUUGACAGAUACUUUUGCGUCACCAAGCCUCUGACGUAUCCUGUAAAGCGGACCACUAAGAUGGCAGGCAUGAUGAUCGCAGCUGCGUGGGUGCUGUCCUUCAUCCUGUGGGCCCCUGCAAUUCUCUUCUGGCAGUUCAUUGUGGGAGGAAGGACUGUCCCAGACGGGGACUGCUACAUCCAGUUUUUUUCCAACGCUGCCGUCACUUUUGGCACUGCCAUUGCAGCCUUCUAUUUGCCUGUUAUCAUCAUGACUGUCCUUUACUGGCAAAUCUCUCGAGCCAGUAAGAGUCGGAUAAAGAAAGGGAAAAAGGAAGCUGCCCAAAACCAAGAUACAGUUUCCCCCAGCCUUGUCCAAGGUAAAAUAGUGAAACCAAACAAUAACAACAUCCCAACCAGUGGGGAUGGGUUGGAGCACAGCAAAAUUCAGAAUGGAAAAACGACCGGAGAGACUGUGACGGAGAACUGUGUUCAAGGGGAGGAGAAGGAGAGCUCCAACGACUCCACCUCUGUCAGCGUGGUUGCUUCCAACGUGAAAGAGGACGAAGCUGCCAAAGAUGCCAGCCAGGCUUCUGCCUCCCAAGACCAUCUCAAAGUGGAGAACUCCAAGCUGACAUGCAUCAGGAUAGUCACCAAGUCCCAAAAGGGUGACUGCUGUGCCCCUACCAACACCACUGUGGAGAUUGUAGGCACCAACGGGGAGGAGAAGCAGAAUAGUGUAGCCCGGAAAAUCGUCAAGAUGACAAAGCAGCCAGCCAAAAAGAAACCACCUCCUUCUAGAGAGAAAAAAGUGACAAGGACUAUUUUGGCCAUCCUCCUGGCCUUCAUCAUCACCUGGACCCCAUACAAUGUGAUGGUGCUCAUCAACAGCUUCUGCACAUCCUGCAUCCCUGGCACUGUAUGGACCAUAGGUUAUUGGCUCUGUUAUAUCAACAGCACCAUCAACCCUGCCUGUUACGCGCUCUGCAAUGCUACUUUCAAGAAGACCUUUAAGCACCUUCUUAUGUGUCAUUACAAGAAUAUAGGAGCUACAAGGUUUCACUUCCCUUCUGAGUGAUAGUUCUGCGAGAUGUAGAUGUCGGUCUUGAAGAGCAGCGUUCCCUGGGUACCUCCUCCGGCUUCCCCGGCUGCCACCUGCGCCCCGUCGCCCUCAAGGCCCCCGGUGGCCCUGCUGCUGGUGCUGCCACAUCUUCACCUUGGGCUUGCCCAGAGGAUCCCAGUGGCACGUCCACACCAUGUGCUGCGCUGGCCACUUUUCAUUUCACAUGGAAAUUGAGCAAACUGUGCAGGUGACUCAUGAGAAAACAACACAAACAAACAAACAAAAAAACCAACCAACAAAAAACUGCAGCUAGCACUUCUUGCCCUCUCCUUUUCUUCUUCAAUUAUUUCCAGAAACAGCCUAAAACUGAAAAGGCCCAGCCAACCCUUGACAGUAACCCUGCCACAGCAGGAUCUGUCACGGCAGCAGCCUAUGGGGAGUGACUUGUUCUGCCACAGGCCAGCCCUACCUUUACUCUCCAGGGAGAGAACAACAGCCUGAAGAUAUGUCAAUCCAACUGGCACCUUUUCUGAGUACUAAAGACGUCUGUGGUUAAAAAAAAAAAGAAGAAAGAAAGAAAGAAAGAGAGAAAGAGAGAGAGGGAAAGAAAGAAAGAAAGAAAGAAAGAAAGAAAGAAAGAAAGCUGAAGUAAUGUUGAGAAAUCUGUUUUCCAGUGAGGACAAAAACCUAAAACCAAUUUCUGUCAGCCUUCCUUCGAUCUGGGAUUUUCAUUUGAUUUACUAGGAAUCAUGAGGAUCCAUUCAGAAAUAGCAAAGUGCUUGAACAUUGCCUGAUGAAAAAUAGUCCAAAGGCAACAAACACAUCUAUAUAGGUCAGAUUGCUUUUUCUUUCUUUCUUUCUUUCUUUCUUUUUUCUUUCUUUUUUUCUUUCUUUCUUUCUUUCUUUUUUUGCCUCAGAAAUGCUCAUGGGGACAGGAGUGCUCAAAUGGACCCCAGGGAUCUGUUGUUUGGAAACCACAAAGCAUGAAGGGGACAAAAGCAAGUGCUAAAUCUAUCAGCCCUCUGUUUUAUAUUUUUCUGGUGGAGGAAAACACAUUGACAAGAGGAGGCGUCUUUAGUGAGUGUGGCUGUGGUGAGAACAGCCCACACACCGGUGAGGAAACCUUUGGGGUGGCCCAGCUGCUCCUGGCCAUCCCAGCUGGGCCAGGGGCAGGAGGGGAUGGGCAUUUUUUUCUUUGUUUCAUCUCCUGAUGGAUUUGAAUGUGUCCAUGUGUCUGCUGUGCAGGAGGUCUUGCUUAUAUAAGCUCACUGUCCCCUUCCCCAGUCUUGACUGAUUUUGAUCCCUGUUCUUCAUUCCUGUGGCUGCAACGGCUGCCCCAGCGCUGCCUGGGGACACAGCUCCUGGUUUCUGCUGUGGUGCUGAGGUGGCACACUUUGAAUUUUUCACCUCGACUGGCAGCACCUCUCCUUGCCACUUCUGUUGUUACCCAAAACUGAUCCUGGUACUGGCCUUGCAGGACCAAAUAGGUAAAGCAUCCUACAGCCAUCCCGCUGCAAAGCUGGCGUGAUGCAACUGGGCGGAGGGGGGGGGCAGGAAGAGUGCUGCUAAUAUUUGUUUUCCCUCCCUCCCCUUACAAUACUUCCUAAAAGUCUUUAUUUUUUUCAGAAAUCAGGGUGCUUCUUGUAAGAAGCUAAAAUCCUAGGGAAGAAACUGCAGGAAAACAAACUCUGGUCCUGUGGGUGCGGGGUGUUUGCUAACAGGUAGUGGGUUUGGAGUCUAAUAGCCUUUGAUAUUUUUAAAGAUCUCAUCCUAGAUGGCUCUGUACUCCCAGCUGACAGCAGUGCAAGUGGUAGAAAUUGAGAAGCUAAAAAGAAGUAAGUUUUUUUCACCCCUGGGUCUACAAAUGUUUUAUAGAAUAUGUCUAGAGAUACUUGGGUUGUGUUUUCUAUACAGUAGCACUUUUAUUGUUCUUGUAUAUCAUGAAAAGCUCUAGACUUUUAAGAAACUUUUUUUUUUUUAAUUUAUAGAAAAUCUUUCCCUGAAGGAAGCUGAGAGAUGGUCCUUAAUUUGUCGUGGCUUCUUUUCUCGUUUCUCUGCCUGUCCUUCCUUUUUUUUCACAGUCCUGAAAAAAAGCUUUCCUCCUUCCUCACUUUAACAAGUAUGUUGCCUGUGUUUGAGCUACAGGUGUGCAGUUUCUCUUGCCUUUUAGGCACUGUGAAUGCUGGUAUUCAAACUCAUUAAACCCACCAAAAUACUGCCUUCUCUAGCAUGCAAAUCCCCUUCCACUGAAGCCCAAACUACUGUAUGGAGCAAGAAGUUCAAUAAAUCCUGUCUGCAUGGGUUUUAAAUUGGAAGUAAAAAAAAAAACCUUGCUGAAACAAAGCCAAAUCAAUUCUCUUCUUCCCCAGUUUUGUCAUCUCCGUAUUAGAAACAACAGUGGAUAAUGGCAAAGAGUGAAUGUUCUUGUAAUGGAAUAUCAUGCAGCAAUAUGCACAGAUUAAUUUUAUGCCCUUAUCGUGGUUUAAACCCAGCCAGCAACUGAGCCCCGCACAGCCGCUCGCUCACUCCCCCC